AUGAACUCAGAGGAUCACCAGUUGUUCCAACUUUUGGACCGAGAAUUAUUCAAGAAAGCAGCACAGUUCGUAAGCUCUUUGCAGAAAAGGUACCCAUCUGCUACAUAUUAUAAGAUUUUGGAUCAGUAUGUCAAGUUCAGACAAAGUCCUACGAAAUACUCGUUUGAGAAAGGGUUGAAACAGAUUUUAGACGCAAAAUCGCCGCCAAGCGAUGCGAAGUCAUUGUCUAUGUGUCACCGGUUUUUAUUGGAGCUUGGAUUUGACACAUCAAGGGCGUUGGAGCCUUACGAAAGGGCUAUGAUGAAGUAUGCGAACUCUGAGACGUGUUAUGAUUGGUUUUUGGAGUCGUUGAAGGAUCUCAAUUGGAGACAUUUGUGCAAGAGUAGUUUCCAAAUGUCUAAGGUGAACGAAAAGUCGAAAUCGAGGCUCUUCCAGUUCUGGAACAGUGUUGCCACUGUGGUGUGGAUCCAGUUGGACAAAGGCAGUCUAAGUGAAAAGGAGCUGGAUAUUGUGCCUAGGUUGGUGUACAAGUUGACGAGUGAUUUAAAACCGUUUGAAAACGAGCAAGAGUUGAUUGUGUAUUGCAAAGUGUGCGAGUUAUUCGGCGACGAUAAGUCGAGGGAGAUUGUUGACGAGAUCAUUAAAUUCUGGAAGGAGGGGACGUUCUUGGACCUUUACUUGAAGAACUUCUUGAUGGAUCAUUUGAAGAAACUGGAGGAACACAAGCUCACUUGGAAAUACGGAAUUUCUCUGUUGAACAAUCUUGACGACUAUGGGAUCUUGCAGAACAUCAUUGAGGCUGGUCACAAGAUGGACAAACCCUUUGCUGAGGUGAUGGAAGUGCUGAAACAGAAGAGCUCUAGGAACUACAUGCUCGCUCGGGUGUACGCUGCUAAGCUGUACGGCAGCGAACAACUUGACGAGGUUCUGUUCCAAUUCAUUGAAAAGUACCACGACAAGCCAAGUUGUCCCGUUGAUUUGCAGAGCUUGGAUAUGGAUAAGGACAAGCUGAGGGCCAUGUUUGAGAAACUUCCAUCGGGGCUCAUUCACGACAAGGCAAUGUCGGAGCUAUUUGGUAAAGGAGACCACUUGCAAUUGUUCUUGAAAUACAAGGACUCGCUCUCUACGAAGCCCAAGACCGAUUAUUCAGACUGUUCGUAUUUCGUGUUGGAGAUCGUCAAGAACCUAUGCGCCGACAGCAAUAUCACUCUACAGAACGUGGUUGCAUCUAUAUCGAUAUUAGAGGGCUACCAAAACGUGGACCCCUUCAAUUACGAUACCAGGGUAUGGUUGGUCUUGUUGUACACGUAUAUGGGUUUGCCCGAGAAGGCUUAUAGCCAUUUGCAGACAUUAAACAUCAAGAAUGUACAGAACGACUUGGUGUACCACUGGCUAUAUACCCGGUUCUCGACCAUAUUGCCAAACAAGAACUACAGCUACUGCCAGAACAUCUUGGCUCCGCAGUCGAUUUACGCUUCCUUGAAAAACAUGAGCGGGUUCCUGGUGGCCGCUUUCGAGCGCAAGAGCUGGUGCAAAGUCCCGGGCAUCAUCGACUUCUACGAGAGGAUGUUCAAAUCUUUCACGAGGUGGAGCAUAAUGGCAGAAACGUUGCAACUCUCGAGAUUGCUAAACGAAAAGAAACUCGACCAGUACAAACCGCUCAUCGAAUCGCUCCAGACGUUCGGCAUGGAAAACUUCCACGAAAUGAGCUGGAGCGACAACAGGGACUUCCAGAUCUUCGACCAACGGGGCGGCGAGGACGUGUCCUCGCCCACGCCCACGUUCCACAAGAUCAUGGCCCCAAUACGUGUCGACAACGCAUGGCUCAAAAUCAGCAUUGCCAGAGAGCUAAUCUUCUACAGUCUAGCAAAAAACGAAAAGAACAAGUUCGUAGACGAUACCUUAGCCCAAGAGGAAACACUCACCAAAUCCUUGUCGACUCACGAACUCUGGACCUGGCGCAUCAUCCGCCUGCUAUACGAAUCCCUAGACUCAUCUGACUCUAUAGACUACAAAAGACUAGCACAAUUGAUAGAAGCUUGCCCGCCUUUUGUCGAGUCAACCUGGGAGGCAAACCACAGCUACUUGAUCACAUUGGCAACCUUGAAGAGCCUGGACCAGUUGAAGCGCAUCAAGGACAAAGACCUCAGACAACUCAUCAAGAACAAGAUAAAGGAAACAAGAGACUCAUGCACCGCCUUGUUCGGUGCCUACAAAGACCUCGUCAACGCCAUGGCCGCACCCGCAUCUCCAAACCCGCCACACCUCCACUCGCUGUUCGAGGCCACCGCAUACCAAAACCUCGCUCCAGAGAUCGCUCAAGAGAUCGCUCAGGGCCUCAAGGCCGUGCGCAACAUCUAA